AUGCAUUGUCGGAUCUGGAAUCGCGUCGUUCUUAAGUUUUAUGUGAGUUUUGAAUGAAUCGCGAAUCGAGUGGGAGCGGGCGCGACGACGGAAAGGGCAUGUGCUGAGUGAGUUGCCGAGGAAGUGUCACUCAGGAAAAGGCAAAAACGAGUGGGGGCACAGUUGUUAUCUUGCGAAAUUGAGUUGUUUGUUCCUAUUGUGCAACUUCUUCAUGACGACUAAUUUUGAGAAGAAAACUGUGAGCACUUUGCUGCUUCCUCCGUGCUACCGUAAUCCUUUCAUGGUAAAAUAAAAGCUAGAAGCCAAUCUGGUACGAACAGUUUUGUAAAAUUCCCAGCUAGUCUUCAGAAUCUGGUCCGCUAAGAUGUCUUUCCGCGGCCAUAUGAUCCGUGUAAUGAAGCCGUGAUCCCCUCUCUUCCCCCGUGACUUUAUCCUUUUCUAAUUACAAUUUCCUGUUUGUUUCUCCCCUCUCACACCCACCCAGAUGCUCUGUUUAUUUACAAACAAACCGCCAGUUGUCUCGACCUAUGGUUCGAGCCUUGUUUUCACUAAAAAUUAUCGCAAGUUUUGUGCUCAACAACUCCAUUUCUGUUUGCCUUCUCGUCGGCCUCCCACCCGCCCAUACUGUCUCGGAUAUGGACGAAAUGCAUCCGUCCUCCGUCGUCUCUGUUUGUGCUUCGUCCCGCCAGUGUCUCGCUCGCCUCCCAAGCCGCGGCGCCCUCGUUUCAUGGCUGAAAAUGAGCAUGUUCAGAUGAAAAAUGACCGAAAGUACUGGUAUAUUCUGCUAUUGCUCGGGUGCCUCGCACUCCUCAACGCUCUUAUUUCCACGUGGCUCAAGCCUUUUGAGCUAGUCCAGUGAGUUAUUUAUUCACAGGGGUCUUCCUCAUUGUCAAUGUUCGGUUUUCAGUCACUUCUCGGUCAUCAACAUCCACUGGAUCAACUCCAUCAUUCUUAUUGCAGGGCUCGCUCCUUUCAUGUUCCCACAAAAGACGCUCAAGUGAAUUAAUGCACCCGCUUCCCCUGGUGACACACUUCCUUUUCAGAUCGGAAACCGCCAUCGUUACUGUGAACGUGCUCAGUCUGUGCAUUUGCCUGAGCUGCGCCUUCGCCGACCUCGGCAACUUGGGUAUCAAAGUGUUCGGCAAACCGAACAACACCGGCUUCUUCUCCAACUUCAUUAGUGACGAUGAAAUCGAAACGGUGAGUUCUUUCCCCUUUGUUUCUCUCCGCUCCCUCAGGCUAAAGUUUCCCAAGGUUAAAUGUUGAAGGAAAUCCCUUAUCCGCCGCCAGAGAUCGCAGAUCACCUCGCUGAAAUGGCCCAGAGAUUUGUUAGUUUCGCUCCCCGUUCCGAGCCUUAACCACUCGCUUCUUGUCCUUAUUUCCUCUCACUUCACGAGUGUUUUGUCCGUUUCGCUUACCGUAGCGUGUCUGUUCUCUCUCUCUCAAAAAAUGCCCUCAUCUUCAGAGAAAUCAUCUGUUCGUUUACAACUGUCUGGAUCUGGUCAUCUGUGUUCUGGCUGCCUGCAUUUCUCACAAAUUGAUCGUGAAUCGUAUCGACGCUUCUCCGAAACUUCACCUGGUUCGUUUGCCCUGUUUAGUCAUAUUAUUAGUCAUCUGAGUCAACACUUUCAGACGGACAAUCGUCGUUUCCAAGGCUAUGGAGUCGCGCUGAUCAUGAUGACAGUGACUGGAAUCGUGAAUCACAUCUGGCAGAGGAUGAUUAUGGUCAACCACAAGCAGGCGAUCUUCCUGGACAUGCACACCAUCGACGAGUUCUCGUGGCUCGUCAUCAAUCUUGCCACGGGAAUCCUGGUCUUCCUCUCUUCGCAGGCAAACCAAAUCGUGCAAACCACUUCGUUCAUUCUCUCCGGCGCCACAAUCUACCCGUCAUUCUUCUAUGCUUGGCUUGAUUAUAGGUUAGCUCGCCGUGCAUUGCUCACAAAUAAUAAUGACUUCGUUGCUCAGAGUCAUGACGUCGGCUCAUUCGAAGUUCCUAUUCCGUCAGUCGAUGGUCUCUUUGAUGAUCUCCAUCCCACACAUGUUUGUACUUCUGACCAUCUUCCUCACUUUCAUCGUUAGCACUUCCUCAUCCGUUCCUUUCUUAUUUUCUUCCCCUUACAGAUGAGCCGUCGAGAUGCCACCAGAGUCAACCCUAACCCGUCUGAACAAGCUGAUCUUCGUCGGCUUCUCCGCCUUCUUCCUCAUCAUUUCGCUUUCUCUCAUCAAUGUGAACUUGUACGCUCUGUUCACAAAACAGUUCUACAAAAUAUUCCACAGCAGUGAGCAGAAAGUGAGCUCCCGAUCGAUUCUUAUUCCUCAAACUGUGUUCAAUUCCUUGCAGCUGCCAUUCCUCACCGCGUUCCUCGCCCUUUUCACCGGUCUCAGUGUUGCCAGCCGGUUCAACUACAUCACGAUCGCCGCUUCGCUCGUCACUGGAAUCUUGUCCAUUAAUGCGACCUACUUGCACAUAUUCUCGUAUGUUUACUUGCAAGUGAACGGCUAUUUCAUCGACGGAACAAGCACGGAAUUCCUGGUUUUGCCCUCUGAUAAAUACGACAACGGAACUGAAUGUGAGUUGGAAUCAAAAAGGGAUGCAAAAGUUGAGAAUGGUAGUGAUUUCAGCGUCAAGCGUGCAUUCGAUCGAGACUUCUCUGAACGUGAUGUCUCUGAUCGGCUCCAGUGUUCUUGUGAUGUUUCUGGUGUAUUUGGCCAGGUAGGGAGCAAAAAUUAUCAUUGGCUUCUAAAUAUUGAGCUUUUUCUAUUACAGAACAGCCUUCCCACCGCCUGACAAUUCCGAAGACAACAGUGAGCGAAUAGUUGAGAAAGUGAAACACGAGAGGAGCGUGCUCGCACUCGGAGUAAUCAUGCUCGUCUCGGCACUGCUGGUGCUCCUCCUCGCCUUUUACGUAUUCUUCCGAAUCACGAGCCCCCAUCCUCUGGUCACCAUCUACUCCCAACUCUUCCAUAUCGUUCUUGCUCUUUCUAUCACUUCAUACGCUUUAUUCCAGGCAUGCUGAAGGCGGUAGUUUAAAACUAAUGUUCGAUUUAGGUGUUGGUGGCCGAGCAUCUCAACAGAUAUCCGAUUCUUUCGUGCGCACUCGUCAUUCUCUCAAUCAUUCGAGCAUUGGACAUUCUCACUCAGAUCGACUACAAAGACAUUGGAAAUCAGCCUUUCACAUGGACUGUUCAUGCUGUCAUCGAGUAUUUGGCAAUGUUCUGUGAGUUGAAAACAGAUCCAGACGCCUGUAUUUUACCAUAUUUUUUCAGUUCAUUUUGCCACAAUCGCCAUCGUUUUCGAAUUGAAGGAACCGGAAGACCGCUCAUCGAGCCAGCCGAGGUCAGUCGAACAUAUCCGUAUUCAGAGAAUCCCAUAGUUUCAGAUCCCGCUAUCCUUCGAGAAUCCGCUCGCAAACGCGACCGACGAGAACGGGUACAUCAUGCUUCGCACCGCGGAAACGAGCAGGAUUCGUGAUCGUAAUCACGCAUUGCAUAGUCAUUCCCCCAAAGAUCUCACCACGUGUUGCCAAAAAAGAAACAUUAAUAAACUUGUCACGUUCCCUUCAUUUUCUUUUAUUUUCUAAUCCCAAAAUGGCUACGAAAGGAAAAGACAAAGUUCCGGCUUGUAAGCUGUCCACAAUCGUCAACAAACAAUUUAUGGUAACCGGAAAAGAUCACAGCCGAGAGCAUUUAUUCGCUUUUCAGACAAUUCAGAUGAUCGGAAAGGGAGGCUACGGAGUCGUCUACGAGGUGAUCCGUCUCGAUUCUCCGACGUCGCGGUUCGCGUGCAAAGCGGAGCUGGCGGUGGCGCACAACAAUCUGAAAACCGAAUGGGAUUUGAUGACGUUGUUGAGGGAUAACAAGUCGAGGCACAACAUAAGCGGCGUCGAAUUGGGCGCCGAACGCAAUUAUAACUACAUCGUCAUGCAUCUGGUCGGACCGUCACUCGCUGAUUUGAGAAAGGCCACGACGAAGAAGGUUACGCUUGGAAAAGGGAUAAAUGGAUUGAGAAUGGUUUAUUACAGACAUUCACCUUGUUUACUACCACCGUCUGCGGCAUUCAGUGUUUUGAUUCACUCGUGGAACUUCAUAAAUUGGGGUACAUAGAAAAGAUUAGAUUGGAAAGAUAUUAAUGUUAUUGGGUUACUGUAGAUAUAUUCAUCGCGAUGUGAAGCCCGGAAACUUUGCGAUCGGAGUGUUGGGAUCGGAAGAGGAGAAGCUCGUGUAUAUACUCGAUUUUGGACUUUGCAGGAAUAUGUUCAAUGUACUUAACAUAACAAAUGUUCAUCUGAAAACAUGGAGAGAGUUUCAGAAGAGCAAAGAGCUCCGAAAGCCGCGAAUGAAGGCUCCGUUCCGAGGAACCAUUCCGUACUGCUCGAUGAACAUCCAUAACCGGAUGGAGCCGGGACGCCACGACGACUUCUGGUCCCUUCUCUACAUGCUCAUCGAGUUCCAAUUGGGAGAUCUGCCAUGGGAUAACAUGAGCAAGGAGGAGACGAAGAAGACGAAGGAAAAGAAGAUUGAAGAGCUGUUGAGCAAGUGCCCCACCGAGUUCAAGAUGUUCAGAUGCUAUCUGCUCACUUUGUGCUACUCUAAAGAACCAGGUCGAUGAUUUAAUAUGAUCAAAAAGCAACCGGUGCUUCAGAAUACCCAAAGCUUCGUGGAAUUCUCUGUCAGAUUAUGCUCGUCAACAAAUUCACUUCGGAUAUGCCACUCGACUGGCAGUCUGGUGGAGAGUAUGAAAGCAUCUUUAAACCGAGAGCCGCGUGAGUUUUCUCAAAAGUUAUGAGAGUCAAUGUGUCAUCUUUCAGAGUGGUGCGUCACAAAGGAAGCAAGAAUAAAGUGAGCUUGGCCGAUCUCCUCGAUCUUCCGCAGCCCGGCGGCCACAUCUACACCGAACUCGAUUUCCCGAAGCCUUUGGAUCAGGAGGUGCCGCGAGACGAGUCCGUCUCGAAGAGUGACGACACUAUCAUCGAGAAAGACGGCCCUCCGCCGGCUCCUCCGCCACUCGCCCGCUCUCCCGCAACUCCCGCGCCACGUCUUUCUACGGAGAAUCAAAAAGGAAACGCUGCGAAGGCGACUGCCCCCAAACCGAAUGCGACGGUCGCUUUGAAACCGACUCGCGGCUCCGCAGAUCCUCUUUCCCCGCCAGUGAAACCGAUGAACGCGAAUGUCACUGCUAUUCCGAAGCCGCCCACGAUGCCUGCUCCUCCAGCGAAGCCUUCCCUUCCGGCUGUCUCGUGUGCGGCUGCAGUCACUGCGAUGCCUCAACCGCCACCACCACCGGUUACAACGAAGGCGACGGCGACUGCAAUGCCACAGCCACCCACGAAAAUUGCUCCUUCGAUCGCUCAACCUCCUCCACCGCCACUUCCAAAAGCUCCAUUGGUUUCCACUGCUGGGGCUGUCACUGCCGUGCCACAGGCUCCAACCAAAGGACAGAACAAGCCGUUGCCAGGAAAGGGCAAGAAAUGA